CGACCUCAAGUUCAGUUUGAAAUAUUCUCAUAUUUUACUGAAAUGAACCGAAAAGGCUUUGAGCUGGUCCUCGUGUUUUUCCUCGGCUUCUUGAGCAACAGAGUUGAUGGAAUAUGCAGUGUGGAGCAUUGCACAAACCCCAGAACAUGUGUCCUGUUUGAGGACCAGAAAAGCUGCCAGUGCGCCCCUGGAUUUUAUUCUGACCAGUGUGACAAAAGUGCCCAGUUAAAAGUGAUGUGUGGCAAAGACUACAUGGCGAUCCGAGCGACGGAAGACUUCUUCACUCACCUCGGCGUGCCGCUGGAGUCCCUCCAUCUGCCCAACAAGGCCUGUCACGCUCAACGAGAAGUUAUUGAUGACGUUUCAUAUUACAUGUUCAAGAUUUCUAAAGAGAAAUAUCUGGCCUGUGGAGGCAAACCGUUCAAGAAAAAUUCAACCCACUUGUUGUAUUCUGUGAGCGUGCGAUCAGAACCACAUGUGACUGGAAACAUCAUCAGAGAUUCGAUUGUUAAGAUGAACUUCACGUGCAUCUAUCCGUACACCAGAAGGGUCAGCCUGCCUUUUCCAGUCGUACCUGUUUCCAGUGAAACUGUGAUGCAUAUCGAUGAAAUGGAUGCCACCAUCCGGAUGCUGCUGUUUUCAGAUGAAACGUACACAAAGUCCUACGCAGUAACUCCAACUAUCGAGCUCAGAGACAAGGUGUAUGUAGAGGUGGCUGUGACGGAGCCUGCAGACUACUUCCUGCUGCGGGUCGAUGAGUGUUGGGCCACUCAGACCUCCCAGCCCAACUCUACAGAGGGACUGGCUCACAGUCUGAUCCAUAACGGCUGUGUGGACGACUCCACCGUCUCCUUCCUGGACGUGGACACGUUGAAGUCUGGACAAAAUGGAGAAAGCUCCACCAUUCGAUACAGCUUCGACAUGUUUCGCUUCAUAACUGAACCUCAUGAGCUCUACCUGCACUGCACCGUGCAGCUGUGUGAGGUGGAAGACCAGAAGUCCUGCCUGCCUAACUGUAAUUCAGUGAGUAAAAGGGAAGCAGUAAGGGAAUAUCCCCGCCAUGGUCUCCUGUCUUAUGGGCCCAUAAAGAUUGAAAUGCCAGACAAACCUCAGUCCAGUUUGUUGACGACAGUGGUGUUGCCUGUGGCCGGCGUCUGGACUGUGUGCUUCUUUAUUGCCCUCCUCAUCACCGUGGCAAAAGCAGGCAACAGGCGGAUAGCAAAGAUGGACGAGUUCUGACGACCAUGCUGCUGGCAGCAAUAAUAAACUUUAACAAAGUCUUUAUAAACAUGAUGAUCGUUUUUUGUUUGU